CAGAUGACUGCUGCAGCUUAAAACUCACAAGUGAAAAUACAAAAUGCUCCAAGGGCAGUUAGGGGUUUCCAGUGCUGAGCUGACCUUACUUUAAAGGCGUUGCUGCAACUACAAGGGUGUGAUCACCAGAGCAGACAGAGUGGGAGGGAAGGAUCCCAUUGUUUCACACCAGAUUCCCUGUCUUCUGUUGGAACUUGUUAUGACAACACUGCUCGCAGCAUUAUGAUGCAGACAGUGAGUCAGUGGCUGUGGUGGGACCGUCUGUGGCUGCCAGCAAACGUCUCCUGGUCAGAUCUGGAGGACAAUGAAGGUCGUGUCUAUGCGAAAGCCUCUCAACUUUACGCUGCUCUGCCCUGCGCCCUCUGCCUGCUCCUAGUCAGAUACCUGUUUGAGAGGUACCUGGCCACACCACUGGCUAAUGUUUGGGGAGUGAGAGACAGGUUACGUCUCAUAGCAGAAUCACACCCCAUCCUAGAAAAGUACUUCUGCAGCCAAGCACGGUUUCCAUCACAGGCUGAUGUGAAGUCUCUGUGUAAGAAGACCAGUUGGCCAGAAAGGAGAAUUCAACUCUGGUUCAGGAAGAGGAGGAACCAGGAGCGCCCAGGGCUCCGCAAGAGGUUCUGUGAGGCCAGUUGGAGAUGUGUGUUUUAUUUGUUUGCAUUUGUCUGUGGAGUCCUGGCUCUCUAUGAUAAACCUUGGUUUUAUAAUCUGAAGGAGGUCUGGGCAGGCUUCCCUAAACAGUCCAUGCUGCCAUCUCAGUACUGGUAUUACCUUUUGGAAAUGGGCUUCUACCUUUCUCUGCUAUUCAGCCUCACAUUUGAUGUAAAACGAAAGGACUUCAAAGAGCAGGUGAUUCAUCAUAUAGCCACGCUGACUCUUCUGAGUUUCUCCUGGAUUUCAAACUACAUCCGUAUUGGAACCCUUGUGAUGGCAGUUCACGACUCCGCUGACAUACUGCUAGAGGGUGCAAAGGUAUUCAACUACGCCAAGUGGCACCAGACUGCUAACGCCAUAUUUGUGGUGUUUACACUUCUCUUUAUUGUGACAAGACUUGUCAUUUUUCCUUUCUGGCUGAUCCACUGUACGUGGGUGUACCCACUGGAUGAGUUCUCUCCCUUCUUUGGCUACUACUUCUUCAAUGUGAUGUUGUUGGUUCUACAGAUACUCCACCUCUACUGGGCUGCUCUCAUAUCACGAAUGGUUUAUAAGCUUAUCUUCAGCAAGCUGGAAGGUGACGACAGGAGCGAUGAAGAGGAGGAUGACAGUGACUCACCGAAGGAAAGAAACCACAAACUGAAUCACAUUAAUGGCUCUGGAGCCAGAGGCCGGACCAACAGAGAAAAAGGAAAAUAGGCAGCAUGGACAGAUUCAGUCUGGAUUGCAGCUGUAAUCCAAUUAUAUGUAUAAAAGAGUAAAAACACUUGAGCAGAGAUUUCUUUUUAAAGGAACUGUGAAGGAUACAUAAACUGUUUGAGCAUGGAUGCGGGAAUUCAUUUAAUUCAGACACUUUAACAACUUAUCUUAUUCUUCUCCUAAUUAAACAUAGAGGAAGACUCCUUUAAA